AUGUGGCAGCGCUCGAAAUGCGGGUCAAAUACGCCCGCCCCGACGCCGUACCCGACGCCCUACCCGACGCCAGACCCGACAGCCUACCCGACGCCCUACCCGACGCCGUACCCGACGCCCUACCCGACGCCCUACCCGACGCCCUACCCGACGCCCUACCCGACGCCCAACCCGACGCCCAACCCGACGCCCAACCCGAAGCCCUACCCGACGCCCUACCCGACGGCAUACCCGACUGCCUUUCCGACGCCCUUCCCCAGCCCGACGCCGAGCCCGACGUUUCCUCAGGGCGGGCCGACGCCUCACCCGAUAUUCUUUCUGGAGCUCCCAUGGCGGGCGGAGCUGGCAAUGUGGCUGCCAGUGGCGAUCCCCACCUGCAACAUGUCCUUGGUCAGCGAUUUGAUUUGA